CUUGCAAUCCACCUGUUGGAUCACAUAGAUGCUUGCCGGCUGAUUAUUCUGUGGAGCAAACGAACAACAUCUGUUUGAUCCGGAAACGGAGUGAGGUCAUCGUACACAUUGUUCUCCCAGCUCGCCGCUGUCUCACCAAAUCAGGUGCUGGAUUCCGUGCCUGA